UUUUUUUUUGGUGAAGUUUAGGAGAGAUGUCGAAAACUGGAGUCUUUGAUCUCGCGUCUGGGCUUGGCGGUAAGAUCGACAAGGCCGAGGUUCUGUCUUCUGUUGACAAGUAUGAGAAGUACCAUGGUUACUAUGGAGGCGAAGAGGAGGAGAGAAAGAGUAACUACACUGACAUGGUCAAUAAAUACUAUGAUCUUGUCACUAGUUUCUAUGAAUAUGGCUGGGGAGAAUGUUUCCACUUUGCACCAAGAUGGAAAGGAGAAUCCCUUCAAGAGAGUUUGAAGCGCCACGAACACUUCAUUGCAUUACAUUUAAACUUGAAACCUGGACAGACGGUCUUGGACGUAGGAUGUGGGAUUGGUGGGCCAUUAAGAGAAAUUGCACGUUUCAGUCGUACAAAGAUCACGGGCCUCAACAACAACGAAUAUCAAAUAACUAGAGGAAAGGAGUUGAACCGUGCAGCAGGAUUAGAGCAAAGUUGUGGGUUUGUGAAGGCAGACUUCAUGAAAAUGCCAUUCCCAGACAAUAGCUUUGAUGCUGUAUAUGCGAUCGAAGCUACUUGCCAUGCACCCGAUAUAGUUGCAUGCUACAAGGAGAUAUAUAGAGUACUCAAACCUGGUCAGUGUUUUGCUACUGAUGAAUGGUGCAUGACUGAUUCCUAUAAUCCCGACAGCUCAGAGCACAAGAAAAUCAAGUCAGAAAUCGAGCUUGGUAGUGGCCUCACUGAAAUAAGGCUGACUACACAAUGCCUUGAAGCUGCCAAGAAAGCGGGAUUUGAAGUUGUUUGGGAGAAGGAUCUUGCAGAGGAUUCACCUAUCCCUUGGUAUUCGUCGUUCGAUACAAGUAGCUUCCGUCUAACAGCGGUUAGGCGUCUUGUGACCCGAAAUUUGGUCAAGGCACUCGAAUUCGUGGGAAUUGCUCCCAAAGGAAGCCAAAGGGUUCACGAUUUCUUAGAGAAAGCAGCAGACGGACUUGUUGCCGGUGGAAAGAAAGGCAUCUCCACGCCAAUGUACGUCUUGGUGGUACGCAAGCCCAUCUCAGCCAGUGAGUAG